UUUAACGGACAGAUUUUGCAGAAAAUAGGCCUACAAUUAUUCAGUUAUGAUAAUCAAUGGCAAAGGGAGCAGACGUGACCAUUUUUCAUGCAACGGCAAUACAGAACAGAAGUAGUUGACAUGAAUUGCUUGACAAAAUGGAUCACAAGGAAGCGGCUUCUAAACUGAUGUUCAGCAUAGAUUUGCUACCACAAGUUUCAAGGCACAUCGAUUUUCUGGAAAAGGUUGCUGAAAGUCCAGACCUUAAAGACAAACAUGUGCUGAGACGUGCUACAUACAGAUACGAAAAGUACUGGCUGCCGCUUGCCGCUGAACACAGGGACGAAUGUCUAGCUGCUCCACUUGAUAUUGAGUGGAUAUGGCAUUGUCAUAUGCUUUCGCCAAGGAACUAUAAAAGGGACUGCAUUGCUCUUGUCGGAACAGUCAUCAACCAUACAUUUUACAAUAAGCAAGAGAGAGAUUCGAGUUUGCAAGCUGCCAAGAACCACUGGUUACAGAAGUACGGAGAGAAGGAUGAACCUUUCACGAUGGAAUUCAGCACACUUGAUAAAGAGGCUCUUGAGAAUUUUACAUCUGCUCUGUCUUACGAUCUUGUUGAAGCCGCAGCAAGACAAUCAUCAUUCUAUGAUAAGAUAACAUCACUGGAAUGCACGAAUGAAGACGAUCUACUAAGAAUCAACGAAAAAUAUAAACAGUAUCUUUACUUGUGCAAACUUCUACCUAAACUCCCGCUUACUCCAAGUAUCGGCAUGGAUCUGCUGUGGCACAUCCACCAAGCAAAUCCACUGGCGUACAAGUACGAUAUGGAAACAAUCCUUCGAAGAUUGUUACAGCAUGACGACACAAGCACAGAUCAUAGUGAAGGCUCGAAGUUACAUAAAGCGACCCAGCUCACGAAGACAAGCUGGGAGAAUGUCUACAACGAACCGUUCGGGGAUUGCAUUAACAUUAACUGCGGGGGCACCUGUGUGCGCUGUACUUGAUCUUGUUAUAAUAGCUGUACCUUCACUUGCGUACCUAAUAUUGAAAACAACUGCUCCGCAACUUCCACUUUAAUUUCUAUGUGAGGACUCACUUGCUCCACUGACAAUCAAAAUACUUCUGUAUGUAUUUUUUGUUGGUCCGUGUAUAAUCGUAGAAUGAUAGUCUGCUCUUAUAAUUGCAACAUGACUUGAUUUAACCCUUAUACCCUGCUAAAUAUCUAUAAUGAACUUGUCUAUUUUUCAAUUUGGACAGUACCAUUAGUUGUUAAAAGGGGCGCAUACCAAAAGGGUACUGACUGAAUAGGAACAGUGCAGAUCAUGACCAGAUGUGCAGGCUGAUCAUGAUCUGCCCUGGUCGCAAAGAAAGAAUUAAUCGUGUCCAGAAUGAAAGGUUAAUUUCUGUUUGAUUAAUAGUUUUAAAAUAUAAAUAAUGUAUAAUGCAUAUUAGGAAAAUGUCUCUGAAAUUAAAUACUCUACGCACAGAUAAAAAAAAAUAUGAUGUAUGCAAUAACAUAUGUUGUAACAGAUUUAUCACAUGAUAUUUAUCUUAUUUUAUGCUCAGUAUCACACUUAUUUUAGAAUAUAUACACAUAUCACUGUCAUUGUUGAUAAAUUGUAAAAGUAGUCCUGUCUCAUGUGUAGCAGGAUUCAAAGUGACCUCACCGACAAAUGUUAUAGGCAUAUUAAAAAAACCCGCAGUAUCAUUGGAAAAUGAGUGUUGUCGGAAUUGUAAUAGAAUGAUUUAGCGGUACAUUGUCGGAACAUCCCUGAAUUGUCUGGAUUUAAACACCAUAUUAUCAGGUGUGUAGCCGUUAUUGGACAGAUCACUUCAAAUCCAAGCAUAGUUCAGCCGAUCAGCUUAUUUUUCUUCCGUCUGGCUGUAGUGAAAUCACAACUGUAAUAAUUCAGUGUUAUUAAAGGUUCAUAACACCUUUAUUUGAAAUGUGGCUGCCACAUUUUUCUGCCAUGAAUACCAAAACUAUUAAUUUGUUGUUAAAUCUUAUUUUCAAUAAUUGAGCCACGCCAUG